UUCAAACUUGAAGACAUCAAGAAAGGUUAUGAAAAGUAUAUACAGAGUCGUGCUUACUCCAAUAUCAUGAGUGAUAUCAGGGGAAAACAGUCUCCAACAAUGAAUGACUUCACUUGGGAUGCUGUUGAAGAAUAUAAGAGAUCUAAGCAAUUUCAGACGACAUCUAUUUCUGGUAAGAGGAAUCGUAUUGCCUGUGGGGACAAGUGUAAACAAUAUGGAAGUUCUCAGGCUGCAUUUGAUGUGGCAGGCCAAGAGGUGAAUAUUAAAUUUAUUUUUAUAUAUGUCUCAAAUUUUAGUUGCUUCAUUGGAUGAUGGUUUUGCAUUUUGUUUUGGUUGAGGAUUACCGGUGAACAUAUAAAUCAUGUGAAACAUUGUGAGACCUUCCAUCCAAAGAAAAGGAAGAAUGGAGUGUUAAUCGAUUAUUCAUCACAACCGGAAGUUAUGAUAUGUAAUUACUUUUCCGCUUUUUGGCUCUCUAUUUUGAAAUGAAUUCUUCGUAUUUGAAUGUUAUUGUAGCUUGAGAAAAUGUUGAAUAUUUAAGUAGCUAAAAAACAAGUGCUUUAGACAAAAUAUGUAUAUGAAGCUUUCAAUCCUUUAUCUGGUCAUAUAAUACAUGCAAUAUUUUCUGUUUUUAGACCCUCAUUGAGUGUUUAAGUGUAUUGUAUAUAUGGGUUGUGUUUUCUAUUUUUAGCCUCUGCAUUAAGUGUGUAAAUGCAUUGUAUAUACAAGCAAUAUUUUUUGUUUUAGCACUUGCACUGAGUGUUUUCUAUUUUCUGUUUAUCUGGCCAUAUAAUACGGGCAAUGUCUUAUGUUUUAGCCCCUUAUUGAGUGUGUAAAUAUAUUGUACAUAUAUGAGCUGUGUUUUAUGUUUUUAGGCUGCUAUUAAGUGUGUAAAUGCAUUGUAUAUACGGGUAGUGUUUUCUGUUUUUAGCCUGUGUAUUGAGUGUGUACAUGCAUUAUAUAUAACGACUGUUUUUUUUGUGAUUUUAACCCCUACUUUGAGUGUGUAAAUGCAUUGUAUAUACUUGCACUGUUUUCUAAUUGCGAAUUCAACUGAUUAUGAGGAUUUGAUUUGCUUAGUUACGUUAUCUCCGUGCUUCCCCUCUUGCUACUAUCCAAUUUGCUCAAACGCAUUGAUAUGGAUUUGAUAUGUGUUUGAUUAUUUUUAACUUGUUCGGAUAUUUUUUGGAUAAUUACUCUAUUUGGUAACUUUAUUUAUGUAAGAAUUGAGAUCAAGAUUGUUUUAGAUCACCACUUUCCACGUAGUUUAUGGUAUUAAAUCUGUAAACAUUUUUUGAGAUUUUCUGAGCAAUUGUGAGUUGUGUCGUUGUUGUAAAAAAAUGGCAGUGUUUUCUUUUCAAUUUUGUAGUAUUUGAAAUUUGAAGUUUUU